AUGUACCUUCCAAUUCAGAAGCUUGAGGAGUCCGGGAUCAGCGCCUCAGACGUGAAAAAACUUUCGGAUAAUGGAUAUUGUACUGUUCAGGCCGUUGCUUUUUCCCCAAGGAAGGCUCUAUUGACCAUCAAAGGAAUUUCCGAGAUGAAAAUUGAUAGGAUUCAUGAUGAAGGCGGCAUCGAGUCAGGAGCAAUUACAGAAAUUUUUGGAGAAUUUAGGACUGGAAAAAGUCAGUUAUGCCACACCCUUGCGGUGACAUGUCAGCUCCCCACGGAGCAAGGUGGUGCCCUGGGAAAAUGCAUUUAUAUUGAUACCGAAGGCACAUUUCGUCCCGAGCGAUUGAUCGCCAUCGCCGAAAGGUUUGGAGUUAAAAAAAUCGACGACAUUUUGGAUAAUAUAGCCGUCGCGAGGGCCUAUAAUACGGAUCACCAGAUGAACUUGUUAAUGCAAGCUGCCGUAAUGAUGACCGAAGCAAGUGUCACAGCGCUAUAUCGAACGGACUAUUCGGGUCGAGGUGAACUUGCACCACGUCAAAUGCACUUGGCAAAAUUCUUGCGCGGUUUAAUGCGCUUAGCUGAUGAGUUUGGUGUCGCAGUGGUUAUAACAAAUCAAGUUGUAGCGACUGUCGAUGGAGCAAACAUGAUGUUCGCUGGAGCUUCAGAUAAAAAGCCAAUUGGCGGUAACAUUAUAGCUCACAUGUCAACAACGAGAUUAUCUCUUCGUAAAGGUAAAGGCGAUAACCGAAUUUGCAAAAUUUACGACUCUCCGUGCCUCCCGGAAGGCGAAGCAUCAUUUGCUAUCGGGAGUGGUGGCAUAGAAGACGUAAAGGAUUAG